GGGGGAAGUGAGGCGGCGCGGGGCAUGCUGGGCCACGCGCGGGCUGCCGGGAACGGGGCGGAGCGCGGCCGCGCCGGCGCGUCGAGGGGAGAGGCAGCAGCCGCGAUGGACGUGUUCCUCAUGAUCCGGCGCCACAAGACCACCAUCUUCACGGACGCCAAGGAGUCCAGCACGGUGUUCGAACUGAAGCGCAUCGUCGAGGGCAUCCUCAAGCGGCCUCCUGACGAGCAGCGGCUGUACAAGGAUGACCAACUCUUGGAUGAUGGCAAGACACUGGGCGAGUGUGGCUUCACCAGUCAAACAGCACGGCCACAGGCCCCAGCCACAGUGGGGCUGGCCUUCCGGGCAGAUGACACCUUUGAGGCCCUGUGCAUCGAGCCGUUUUCCAGCCCGCCAGAGCUGCCCGAUGUGAUGAAGCCCCAGGACUCGGGAAGCAGUGCCAAUGAACAAGCCGUGCACCUGCAUGUCCACUCCCAGACGAUGGGCAAGAGCAGAAACAAAAGCUGGAGCCAGUGUCCUGGUUUGACAGCAUGUUCAAUGAGGGAACCCCAAGACGGACCCACACAGGUCCACCCACGCUGGGGGCUGUAAUCACGGAGGGAAGUGGCUGCCCCCUUAACACACCUUAAUAAACAGUCUACAGACCCA